UCGCAAUUUCUGGACCUGUAAACGCAUACGUAUACCUGCUUCGGGGGUCUUGCAUAUGUAUUUGUAUGUGUAUGUAAACUGUAUUGGUGUUUUAUUUGUGCAGAUUAUGUUGUGAUGUAUUGAUGGCUUUAAUUAAAGGGUACAUUUUUAUUUUGAUGUAAUUAUUAUGUGUAUAUACGUAUACAUAAAUACACACACAAUACAUGUUAAUGUGUAUGUUUGUAUUUGGAAUAUGGUUACUGGCGCCGCCUGAGCAUAUCUGACUAUUUAUUGCACCAUUCGACAUAAGAAACAGUGUAGUCUGAAAUGCAUUGCGGUAAUGUAUGUACAUAGAGAUUCUGUAUGUACACGUUUACACGGAUUAUUUGUAUGUGUAUGUUUGUCUAUAUUUAUUAAUAAUGAUGAUUAUACCUCAAAGAGUCAUAGAAGGAAUUUAUUCAGGGACUAGUGAAAGGAAAUGAAAAAAUCAUUCUUUGGACACUCUCCUAAACAAGAUCUUCCUUUGUUAAUCUAUCAAUUCUUAAUAACAAAAUGUCAAUCGAGUUCAAACAUAAAAGAAUUCUUGUUCUGAACCACUACUAAUACUCUUAAACAACGAUGGUGGAGCAGUUUUUGAUAUUUCUCUUAGACCCAUUCAUUCUCAAUUUAGCCUCUAAGGAAAUUGAAGAGGAAUAGAGAAAAGAUGAAGGAAAACAUAUGCCCUUGUUAACUAGCUCUAUCAAUGGAUUGGAUUUGGAUCCGAAUCCGAUGAAAUUAAUGUGAGAUUGAUUUAGGGUUUCAGUCCAAUAAUAUGAUAAUAUAGCAAAUCGGAUAUGAAUUUAAGAAUCAAAUAUUCGUUGGAUUAUCAAAUCAGAUCGGAUUCAUGAAUUAAUCUUAUUGGAUCGGAUCCUAUUCAUGAAUUAUUCUCAUCGGAUUGGAUCAGGUCCAUAUCUGGUCCAUUUACAGCUCUACUAUUAAUCGGUUGGCGAGCCAUUUUUGAAGAGGAGUGAAUGUGAGUAAUUGACUUAUGAAGUUAGACUUAUGAGUAUCUAUAGAAAUACAGAAUAAUGAUCAGAGGGAGAAAGGAAAGUAAAACUAUUAUGCAUACCCUAGUUCACAUCAUUUUGUUUCUCUUAAGUGGAAGAACACUGUCAAGUUGACCCUAUGAUUUCUUUUGUUGGGUGCAAGGAUAACUCGACCGUAUCUCAUCAUGAACUUGGGAAUCUACUACACGGGGUUGAGUUAUCCUCCCCGACGACUGAAAGAUGUUCUGUUUUAUGGCCAAUGUGCAGAUGGGGACAUACUUUGUCGGGCGGUACUACCAGCUACUACAGAACCAGCCGGAUUUUGUGCACCAAUUUUACAGUGAUGCCAGCACCAUGCUUCGAAUCGAUAGCAACACCAGAGAGACAGCAACUGCUAUGCUGCAAAUCCACCAACUUAUUAUGUCACUCAACUAUACGGGUAUCGAAAUUAAGACUGCACAUUCUUUAGAAUCUUGGAAUGGUGGUGUUCUAGUGAUGGUUUCGGGUUCUGUAUAUGUAAAGGAUUUCAGUGGGAGGAGGAAGUUUGUGCAAACAUUCUUUCUUGCACCUCAGGAGAAAGGCUACUUUGUUCUCAAUGAUAUCUUUCACUAUGUUGAGGAAGAACAGAUUCCCCAGCAUCCCGUAGGAUAUCUGCCUCAGAGCAAUCUUGAUCCCAAACUCAAUGCUUCAACUGCAGUUCGGGACCAAGUACCCAAUUACAUGCUGGGUGGGGAUUUCCAACCUAGGGAGUUCAUGGCUCCAGCUAAGAUUGAAGAGAAUGGUCCAGUCAAUAGCUAUACCUAUCCAGAGGAACAGCUUCAUCAAGUCCCUGAAACUGAAAAGAUCCUUGAAGAUAAUUUUGCUGUGCAGUCGAACGGUUCACUUCAGGGUCCUAUUAAUUCUGUACCUGACCGUUUGGCCUCCCCUAUUGAGGAACCUGUUGUGGAGCCACAAAAGCAUACUUAUGCCUCUAUUUUACAGGUUGCUAAAGGGCAAUCUGCUCCAGCUGUGCCAUCUCAGUUUUCUUUUAACAAGUCCACUCCUUCCGAGUGGCAGCAUGUACCUGAACCUUCCACCCAGCCAUCAGCUGCAUCAUCAAACCCAGCUGAAAGGUCUGGGAUGGACACAGUGGACGAAGCAUCGGCCAUGGCAGAUGAUGUUGAAGUAAAGUCCGUGUAUGUGAGAAAUGUGCCGACCACAAUGGCUGCUUCUGAAAUUGCGGAGGAAUUCAAGAAAUUUGGUAAACUCAAGCCUGAUGGUGUGGCCAUAAGAACGCGAAAGGAUAUCGAUGUGUGCUAUGCAUUUGUUGAGUUUGAAGAUAUCUCUGGGGUGCAGAAUGCAGUUAAGGCAUCCAUGGUUCAGAUUGGUGGGCACCAACUCCACAUUGAAGGACGGAGACCGAAUAGAAUCAACUUAACACGGGGAGGAAGAGGAAGGGGUAGAGGCAGGGUGAGCUACCAGAUGGAAGGAAUAAGGGGACGCUUUGGUGGUCGGGGUUUUGGCAAGGGAACCAAUCACGAUGGAAAUGACCGCGAUUACAGCAGAUCAAGAGGAAAUGGCUUCUAUAGGCAAGCUCCUCGACGAGAAAGAUCUUUCUCUGGCUACCAAGAUGAAUCAGUAAAUGGGAAAGUGUCAUCAGAAUGAACAAACUCAUCAUUUUGAUGCUUAGAGACAGUUUUCCAACAAGUAAUUUUCAAAGAUCACAUUCAUAUUCGUAAUUUUUCUGUUUCCAAUAUUAUGGGAGUAAAUUAAUCAUAUGUGCUGGGAAGAGUCAUUGUAAUAGUUGUGUUUGGGUUAUCUAUCAGUAAUUUUUGUUACAUUUAUAUACUAAUUAAUGCAAAUUUGUGCCCGAGGCAUCUUUACCUCUUUAGGGCACAGCCUUGUUAAGAAAGCACAA